GUCUGUAUUUGGCACCAAUGAUCACUUUCCUACUGCCUUCAAAUGUUGCAGAAAAAUUAACACGAUCAUUAUCUUUGAAAAUGGAGAACACCGAAAACAUUAGCAUGAUCUCCCAAGUUGCAAAACGGCGUGUUGUGUCAAAAGAUGGCCACAACAAUGUGAAAAUUGACCAAGUGGAUGGCUGGGCCUUCCUUUACCUGCAGGAUCUUUGGACCACCGUCAUUGAUAUGAAGUGGCGUUACAAGCUAACUCUCUUCACGGCAACAUUUGUGAUUACGUGGUUCCUUUUUGGCAUUCUCUGGUAUGCAUUAGCAUUUGUACAUGGAGAUUUAGAGCUAUUGCAUCCCCCAGCUAACCACACACCUUGUGUAGUGAACAUUGAAACUUUAACAGGAGCAUUCUUGUUUUCCCUGGAGUCCCAGACGACCAUUGGUUAUGGAUUCCGCUGUAUCACAGAGGAAUGUCCAUUUGCCAUUAUCCUGUUAAUCGUUCAGUUGGUCAUUACCACCUUGGCAGAAAUCUUCGUCACUGGUACUUUUCUGGCAAAGAUUGCAAGGCCAAAAAAACGCUCUGAGACGAUCAGGUUUAGCUACCAUGCUGCCAUUGCCAUACACAAGAACAAGCUUUGCCUCAUGAUCCGGGUUGCUAACAUGAGGAAGAGUCUGCUGCUUCAGUGUCAGCUUUCUGGGAAGUUCCUGCAUAAUCAUGUCACCGAGGAAGGUGAGACCAUCAAACUCAGGCAGGCAAAUGUGAAUUUCCAGGUGGACACUGGUUCUGAGAGCCCUUUCCUCACCUUCCCAUUGACAUUUUAUCACAUUAUUGACGAGAAAAGCCCACUGAACAGAUAUGCAUCGGCAACUCUAAGGGAUAAAGACUUUGAGCUAGUUGUCAUUUUAAAUGCCACAAUGGAGUCUACAGGAGCUGCUUGCCAGAUCAGAACCUCAUAUGUGCCAGAGGAGAUUCUUUGGGGCUAUGAGUUUGUCCCUCUUAUGUCGCUGUCCCCUAGUGGGAAAUAUCUGGUUGAUUUCAGUUUCUUUGACAAACUUAGGAAGAGUUCCAACCCUUUCUUUUCCUCUGGAGCGCUGAGGUAUGGGGACAUUGAUAAACUAAGACUUGAAGAAAAAUACAGAGAGGACGAACGGAACACAUUGUUCAGUAAGAUUCCAACUGUCCAUAGCAAUGUCUAGCAAAACAUUUGCACAGAAUAUAUCAGCGUAAGGAAGUUUUUUAAUCAAUAAACAACUGUCUGGUACAUACCGAGCCUUAAGUCUUACACAUCAAAAGAUUGCAUUUAGUCAAAAUCAAUAUUAGGUGGUUCCCAAUGAUCUUGUGUAACGAGCACUGUUAGUAAUUAUGUUAAUGAAAAAUGUAUUAUUUUUAUUUGAUUACUCACUUUGUCAAAACUGAAUCAUACGAUCCAUCCAUCAAUGUCUGUUGAUGGAGGACUCUGGUUCCCAAACCCAAGAACUUUCUCUAUUUUUCCCAAAUUUCAAAUGUGCCAUUUUACUUGUUGUCUUCCUACUCCUUGCUUCCCUACUGCGUUAAAAUCAAGAUUCUUCACAUUGUCUCAUACUUUAAUGUAUUCUUUUCUGGAACCUCAAAAUUGGGUAAGCAGCUCCCUCCCUCAAUAUUGACUUCCUCUUAUAAUUUACCACCUUUUAAAAUCCAUGGUAGAUGUCACAAAACCCAACACUGGCUAGGCAGUCUGUUACACAGCUUCUAAGUUACAAAACAGAACUGUAAUUUUCCAUCACAAACAAAAACAGAAAUUGCUGGAAAAGCUGAACAGGUCUGGCAGCAUCUGUGGAGAUAAAUCAGAAUUAAUGUUUCAGGUUGAGUGACCCUUCCUCAGAACUCAUACCCAGAACCCAUGUAAUUUUCCAAACCUGGAUUUGUAAUUAGUGUUAUGGAGAAGGGGAGGUUAAAUGAAAGAAAGUCCCUGAAAUUCACUUUAUAAAUAACAAGUAACAAUUUAUUUUUUUAACACUAACAAUAAACAAAUUAACAGAACUACCAACAAACUGAACAAUUCCCCCAAACUGCUAACUAUUUCCUACCUGAACAAAAUUCAACUGGUAUGCUAUUCUCCAGGACGUCCUCAUUAAUUAACUUAUUUUAAGGCACGUCAAAACCCAAAUCAUCUGGAUUUGAUUCCUAAUCUGAGGGGCAGUAACUAAUACCUGCUUCUCCAGUUCCUUGUCCCUAUCAUAGUAAGGUUUCAGCAUAUUCACAUGACAUACCCGAUAAAGUUUUUUCCUAUCUGGCAUCUUUACCAGAUAAUUCACCUAACUCAACUUCUCAAUCCGAUAAUGACCACUAAACAUUACUUUGAAGGGAUCUCCUACCACUGGUAAUAACACCUAUACUUUAUCCCCAUAGGCAAAUGUACAAAUUUUAGAUUUCUUUAUCUGCUUCUUGCUUCAUUAGAUGCUGUGCCAUCUUCAGAUGUUGUCUAGCUAAUUCACCUACUCUGUUUAAUCUUUCUCUCACCUCAGAUACAUAAUCCAACUGUGAGAUGUCUGACUUCACAUCUAUCAACUUUCAUUUCCAUCCUUUUACUUUGGUUAUCCUGUUUAAUUUGCAACUUCUGAAGUUCAAACUCUCUCUCUUUCUCCCUCUCUUCUCUCUCUUUUUCUCUUUCUUCUCUCUCUUUUUCUUUUUGUUUGGCUAGAGCAAUUCUUUCUUUUCCUUUUUCCUCUGCUUUUUACUGUAAUUCAAACCAUUUCAGUUCGCUUUCUUCCCCUUCCCCCCCGGCUCUUCUAACUCCAGUUGUCUAAUUUUCAAUUUAAGUUUUUCCAACUCCACUGCACUUGCCUGCUUCUCUAAUGUACCUAAAUGCGUGACCAACUCCAUCACAAUUUCAGCUUUCCUCUUAUCCCUAGGUAAACCCAAUUCUACCCUCUUCGCUAAUUCUAAAAGUAUACACUUCCUCUGUUUUUCUAAACUUUCUUGGCAAAGUUUGGGAAGCAUAUUCAAACCCCAGAACCUCUUUAGCAAUGUUAAGAGCCAUUUCCCACACUUUUGAUUUAACCAACCACAAGUAACUGAAAUUAAACAGAUUUUUCUCACCUAAAUUUUAUUUAAACAUCUAGGACACUAAUCUCCCAAGUCUGUUUUAAUCUGUCCAAAUCUAUUCAGAUCCCGUAAACAAACCAGCCAGAUUCCAGACUUCAGCCCCCAAACUGAUACGGAGAAGAGAGGUUAAAUGAAAGAAAAUCCCAGAUAUUCACUUUAUAAGUAACAAGUAAGAAUUAUUUAUUUAAUGCUAACAGUGAACAAAUUAACAGAGCUACUAACAAACUGAACAAUUCCCCCCAGCUCCUAACUAUAUCCUAACUGAAUAAAAUUUGACUGGUAUGCUAUUCCAAUACACACAAGUCCCAAUCAUAUAACCCAAGUAGUAAGAAAAUAGAUAAAUUAAAAAUUAGUCUCUCAAAAACCUACACACAAUGUGUCUUUCAAAAUGCGGUGCCUUCUCCACUGUCUCUCCAGUCAUAAACACCUGUCUUCUGAUGUUCUCAAGUGAUAAAUGCCUGUUUUCCGCUGUCAGGGAUGUUUUCUCUGUGAAGACUCUUAGUUAGAAGUGCCAUGGUACCUUUUAUGGAUAAGAUGGUGCUUUCUUAGAGAGCUUAGCGAUUUCUUUUGAGAGCUAGGUGCUUAUUUCUCAGAUGGCGGUUCGUUCUCAUACCAAUUUUCAAAAAUCCUCUCCUUAUAUACCUUGGAUGACAUAUCAAUUUUCUUCCAAUAGCAUUGGUCCGAGGUUGUCAAAACCAUCAGAUUUAAAUUCAAUUGGCUUUCAAUCGCUAAGUGCUUGGUUUAAAUUCAAUUGGCUGAUGCCAGCUAGUUGCCAAAACGUCAAAACAAGUCUAAGGUUUCACACAGACAAUUGAUACAUGUUUCCAUUUUAGACCUGGCUGUACAUUUUCAGCUACAUACAGACACUUUUUUUUCUAUGUAAAUCUCUAAGUUUAGAAAAGCACUUUACCUCUUAAAGGAACCACACACUCUAGGCAACUUUGUAACAUUAGCAACAUACUGCUAAUGGCUAAUGGAUUGGAUUGCAAUGAUCUAACCACAAUGUCUCGAUUUACCUAACUGUUGGAUUAACACUAUUUAAUCUUAACAGGGUGCCCUAUACUUACGGAGAUGAAUUUUGUGGCUCCCAUGCCAGGUAUGUUUUUGCUGUUAAUGAGUCAUGUAAAAUAUGAUGCAUGGCUAACCCAGCACAUCUACUCCUGAUGAAUUCCUCAUAAUAAGGUGUGGGUACACAUUGCACCCAAGCCCACCUACCUGACCCUAGGCACAUUGAGGCCCGUUACUGCUCCAUUAAGGGGCAAUUAUGGGCAUAAUUCUGCUUCUGCUGCCAUAAUAUGGUGGGGAUGGAAUUUGGACUGAAUUGGGCAGGUUGCAUUUUCAUCAACCCUUGUGAAAAGGUGGGAAUGAAGACGGAUCCUUUUCUGUGGGAAGUCCCCCCCAUGUCCAAAACCCAACUUCCUUCCCAACCCUGCCUGGGAUGCCAAUCACUCUUGCCAAAAAUCUUGGACUUAGCUAGGCCCAAUGUCCAUGCUGGUUUCUUUUACAACUGCAAGAGCUUCCGACCAAUCAGAUUGGCUGGCAGUUCUCGAGAGUGGGGCUUCUUUUCACAGAGUGGAGGAAGCAUCACACUGAGAUUGUUAGUCCCCCCCCACCCCCACAACCCAUAUAAUAUCAUUGUGGGGCAGCUGCUUUUAAAUUCAGCCAGUUUACCCCCACCCCUCCAUUAAAUUCGCCGCACAAUGUGUGGCCCAUGUUGAAUAUUUCUUAAUUGAUUGAAAAUAAAUGUGAUUUAUGUCAGUGAAUAGGUGAAUUUUUAAAAAAAGUAAUAGUUAAUCCCAUAGAAAUAACUUUGGUUCUUAUGGUGACAUUUUGGUGGAACACAUAUUUGUUAAAGUCUUAUAUUGAUCUUGAUAAACAACUGAUGCAACUAAUUUGAAUAACCUAUUAGUGGCAGGUCAUGCUGUUAAUAACUGGAAAACAUUUUACAGUUCCUUUAAUAUGUAUGGUUACCGUUUACUUUUACAUUUCUGUGAAACUGAGAGAUUUAUUUAAUUACUUAAUGCUUCCACCUAUUUAUGUCAAUAACUAAUAAACUAAUUAAUUGAAAA